CUUGGAGAUAUGAUAGAUGAUAUUUGUAGAGGACACGGAACUGUAGAUUUGUUUGAGGUCAUAGGAGAUUUUGUCGAUGGCUCUGAUUUCAUGGAUUACUUCAAGGCAGUCUGGCAUCCUAGAUUAGCCAGGAGACCUGUGCUGCGAUGGAGCUUUACCACAAUCAGUUGAAAGUGAGGAUACUGAAGGAGGAGGGUCCUAGCAUAUAUCAGCGUGCUGAUUGGUUGGUCGAUACGUUAGAGACAAAUGUGCAUUCCUACUUCUGGCUUAAUGAGUAUUCAGAAAAGGAAGAAUUUGCAAGAUACUGGAAAGAUGAGUGGAACAGCGAUUUGACAGCUUGGCAGAAAGCAUCUAAGAUUGCUGACAUGGAUGUUGCGAUGGAAGGGAAAUGUGCGAAAGUGAGUUACCAGCUUGAUAGAGAUAAGACUCAUGUUGUCUGGAAUCCUGAUUCAGAUUUUGCUAUUUGUGAUUGCAGUUUGACAGAAAUGGGCAACCUGUGCGAGCAUGUCUUUAAGGUUAGAAGAAUGUGUCACAAGAAAGGAUAUGGGAAGCGGUCUGUUAGUUUAUUACAGUAUAACCAGGCCUUGAUUGAAUUGCUAUACUGCCCACCCCCUAAUUCUUGGAUUUGUGAUCAUGCUGUUUCUUUAGCUGUUGCUUUGAACGAGGAAUUAGAUGCACUUGGUUGAUUUUCAAAUUACCACUGAUCCUGAUCAGAAACAAGUUGUCCAAAAUCACUAUUAAGUGGUAUUGGUUUUGGGUCUGUUAUGUGUCAAAUUGUUGCAAAUGGUCCUAUCCUUUCCUCAGUUGGUUUUGAGUUUUGAUGGUAUGAAAAUUGGUCGAGAUAGAUGACAGCGUCUUGUCCUCUCUUUCUUACCGGGAAGGCAAUCAAUCAAUCUUCGAUGCAUGGUAUUC